AUGGAAGCCAUUUCGCCUGCAACUUUAAAUGAAAUCCUCCAAAAGUAUUAUCUGGAAGUAAGAAAACAAGAUGGCAUGGAGUACGAACUAGACUCACUCAAGGUUAUGCAAGUGACCCUGGAACGGGCUGUCUUGAAUGCAAAAGCUAAACAGCUGUGCAUGAAUGGUUACGGCAAGAGACAAAAUUGCCCUCAGCCGUACAACUCUGCUGAAGAGGAACUUUUUUGGACCAGUGGCUUGUUAGGUGACCACAUUGGAGUAGCCCUGAUGAAUGUCUUGUGUGUGUCAACUGGCUUUGGAAUGGCUGUAGGACUAUAUGGGAGGUGUUUGAUUUUUCUGACCAUCCUAGCAGUGCUGCUAAUUCUUGGAAUUGCUUUGCAGUUGCAGUUUGAGCCUUUAGUACCCAUAGUUCAGAAGUAUUUAGGUAUGUUGUGUAACUCGGGAUUUGACUUUUAUAGAUUAGAAGGUCAUGUGCCAGUUUCAUUGUGCUGCUCAAAAGAGGAAACGAAAGCCCUCUCCUUCAACAGCAGAGUCUUGGUCAACAGAAUACAGUUUUCACUCAGAAUAGCUCUAGUAUCAAUGAAACAGUUAAAUGUAUUCCUCACAGGAGGAAACGAAAGCCCUCUCCUUCAACAGCAGAGUCUUGGUCAACAGAAUACAGUUUUCACUCAGAAUAGCUCUAGUAUCAAUGAAACAGUUAAAUGUAUUCCUCACAGAUUUAUCAUCAAAUUCUCUUUCAGGCCAGAAAAAGCUGGUAUUAAGGUAAUUCUUCAACAUUAUGGACAGCCAGGACGUGUUGAGGAUCGGAAAUGUGACGAGACUCAUUACCCAGAUAUCUGUUCGUUUCAAGUAACAGAGUCAAGAGAUGAUAAACUGUCAUGCGACGCCAAAGUUUGUGGGUCAUCAGAUAUCCAAAUUGCUUCCGUCAAUCCAGAACUGGGUAAAUCUGUCAGUGACUGGAAGCCAUUACCAAAGGACACAAUCACUGCUAAAGUGCAGGAGGCCAUCAAAACAAACCUGGAAAGGGGUUUUAGUUUUCUUUUCUUAAGAUGUGGAAGUAAUUUCCAAGCGCUUACCUUUCCACCAACUUUCAAGAAAGUUGAGGAUGGUAAGAGCAGAAGUAGUAUCAAUAUCAAUGUGAUUAUGCUUGACUCUAUAUCCAGACCGCAUUUUUAUCGAACCCUUCCAAGAGCAAUAGGGGCACUUCGCAAGAUUAGGGAGGAUCCAAAUAUCAAGGCCUCCGCCCUAGAUUUUGAACUCGACCAGAGUAUUGGUCAACAGACAUUCGAAAACUUGAGGCCAUUCUUUUCUGGUGUUCUCAAAGGUGGGUUCAGUGUGUUCUGUAGCUUAUAUUUUUUGUCAUUGUCCAGUCCUUUCCCUGGAAUAAUGUUGUGUAAUUCAGUGCUGGAAAUAAUUUUUAUGAUGCAGCGGCUUUUAAACCUCUGUUUUCAUGACAAUGAAAUCAGUGCCUCAGGAGAGAACACAAAGGCUCCUUUAGGCGUGGAGGUGUUGUAUGGGACCUUCCAGAAGUGGGGCUACCAGACCCUCUUUCAAGAGGACCUUUGUUGGUAUGACAUUUGGGGAAGUGCAUUAACAGAUAUUCAGAGAAGAGCGGUGCCAACCAGUGACUCGGAGUUCAAAUCAAGGCCAGACAAAGCUGGUACUGAGCUAAUUCUUAAGCUUUAUGGACAGCCAGGGCAUGUUGAGGAUUGGAAAUGUGACGAGAUUUAUCACCCAGAUAUCUGUUCGUUUCAAGUAACAGAGUCAAGAGAUAAUAAACUGUCAUGCGACGCUAAAGUUUGUGGGUCAUCAGAUAUCCAAAUUGCUUCCGUCAAUCCAGAGAUGGAUAAAGCUGUCAGUGACUGGAAGCCAUUACCGAAGGACACAAUCACUGCUAAAGUGCAAGGGGCCAUCAAAACGAACCUGGAAAGGGGUUUUAGUUUUCUUAUCUUAAGAUGUGGAAGUAAUUUCCAAGCGCUUACCUUUUCACCAACUUUCAAGAAAGUUGAAGACGGCAAAAGCAGAAGUGGUAUCAAUAUCAAUGUGAUUAUGCUUGACUCUAUAUCCAGACCGCAUUUUUAUCGAACCCUUCCAAGAGCAAUAGGGGCGCUUUGCAAGAUUACAGAGGAUCCAAAUAUCAAGGCCUCCGCCCUGGAUUUUGAACUCGACCAGAGUAUUGGUCAACAGACAUUCGAAAACUUGAGGCCAUUCUUUUCUGGUGUUCUCAAAGAUUACAAUGAAAUUAGUGCCUCAGGGGAGAACACAAAGGCUCCUUCAGGCGUAGAGUUGGUGUAUGGGACCUCCCAGAAGUGGGGCUACCAGACCCUCUUUCAAGAGGACCUUUGUUGCAUCAGUGUUUUAUUUCACCACGGGUGGAAGGAAUUACAAGAAAAGUUGAUCAAGAAAAAAAUUGACCACUAUGGCUUGACACAUUUUUCCUGCACGGUAGUGAACAAGUACGGCAGAACAAGCCACUAUGAUUCUCCUGCUAAAGUGUGUUUCAAUGGCCAGUUUUUCAGUUGGUAUUUCAUGGACUACAUAACGAAGGUGUACACUGCUUUGCAAAAAGAUGAAAAGGCAAAACCUUUGCUGUCGUACAUGCAUUUUAACACUGGACAUGAAAUGACUGGAAAGCGGAUGAUCAACAUGGAUGCCAACUUGGCAAAGUUCUUCGUCAACUUGGCAGGCUUUUCUGACACCCUUACCAUCAUAUUUUCAGACCAUGGCCACAAAAUGACGCCGUUUAGUUACACAGAAGAAGGUAGAAGAGAGUUAUUUGAUCCAACGUUCUUCAUGAUUGUUCCUGAUGGUGUCAAAGAAAAGCUGGGACCACAAAGGACGGCUGCCUUGUUCACAAAUCAAAAGCGGCUCUUCAUCCUACAUGAUUUGCACAAAGCACUCAUGAGUUUGCACGACCCUGAGAAAAUGAACUCUCAGGAUUUUUCACAAACAGGCAUAUUCUCAGUCAUUCCUGCCAACCGUACAUGCGCAGACUUGUACAUGCUUCCGCUGACCAGGUGUAAGUGUGAAGGCUUUGAUGAAGAAGGUCAUAUCAAAGACAAUGUAGAUAAUCACAAAUGGCUGGCAGAAUUUGCACUUGGAUACAUGAAUGAUGCAAUACAACAACAGUAUAUGGGAGGUGAUACAGAUAAAAAAUCUGGGUUUGGAAACUGUGAACGCCUUGUUGGAAAAACAUUUACCAAUGUUACUAAACGUUUCCACGGGGAGUACAUUAUGACCACUAUGGACAUACAUGUGGUCCCUCCACAUGGAUAUGAAGAGGAUGAAGUUUAUAAAGUCUCCAUAAAGCAGUUCGCUCAACCAAAACAAAGAGUAUUUUUUCUUAGUUUUGUACGGCAGACGAGGUAUAGCACGUUUGAGCCAUGCGUUGACAAAUCGGUUGACAUCAAGCUCUGUGCAUGCGCCAAAGAGAGCAGUACAGAUGUAACAAAGAAUGGAGUACUAUUUGAGAAUGGUGUUCCACGUAAAAUGUUUGGUUCAGAGACAACUGUGAAAGACUUGGAUUUGAAUUGUCUCUUAUUCUUGAGAAGGGAUUAUGAAACUUUCUCCUUUGCGCUAGAAGUAGCAAAUGUAUGCACUGAUCGUACUUAUAAAUUUACUCUAACCGGCUCAAUGGAUCAAAGGAUUUUUGCUAACACAUUGCCCAUGAGUCGGGAGCUAACUCCAAGGACCUUUUCCUUCUUAACAUCUGUUUACAAAUAUGUCUCUAAAGUUAAUUCUCCUUUGAAUUUGAAAGCAAGUAUACAAGUGAAGAAGGAUGGCGAAAGUGAUUUCAAAAGUUUGGGAACAGUCAGUGUUUCAUGAUAGUAAUUAAGUUAAUAUUUUCUUGACUCAGUCUGAAGUUGAUCUAUCUACCAGUUUUAGCUAUGGCUACAUAAUAACAGUUGUAAAUUUUGAGGACAGUUGGAAUUUUUUUAUGAGACUAAUAGUUAGUGAUUCCUAACAGAUCCAAAUUUUCAAGGAGGGCAGGAGAGGGGAGGGUUGGAUAUAUGAGAAGGGAGGGCUGGUGACCACCUCUCAGUCGGGCCAUUCAAUGAUAUUUGGGGGUCAGACUAGCAGUUAUUUAUUGUAUAGCCCGGAGCAACAACAAACAAUAGCUGUUAUCAAUAACGGCUUGAUAUUAACCUGUUCCAGGCUUUUGGUAAGUAGAGAUGACAUGAAAAAGUGGGCAGGCCAAAAAAGAGCCAGCAGGGGUUGUGUGGUGGUUGAGGCGGGGGGGGGGG